AGGCUAUCGGUAUUGAUUCAAUAUAAUCUAUAAACAGGGAUAAGACUCAGCCAGGUAAGCAAGGGCAAAAAGCAUCCGCCCACUCCUGGGCAGGCUAGGACCAUUAUCAAGCCCUCAGAGGCCACAGCCCAGGUAUGAUUUUAGUAUAAACACUAGCAAGGAUCGCUAAUCUCGGGAGUAAGGCGGGGGAGUAGCCUUCCCCAAAAGCGAUGGGCUAAUUGUAGUCCCAAUGUACUUUGCUUUAUCGGGAGCCUUAUUGCAAUAUAAGCCAAGAAAAAGGGCUUAUAUAGGUCAAGAAUGCUAUCUCUGCCAGAUAUCUUACAGCGUUGGAAGAAAGCAGAUCAAUGUAUUGGGGCCCUAUUGCAUUGGAAUGGACUCUGUUCACAGAGAGGCAUGCGACGCAUGCCACUAUCGAAAGGUGAGGUGCUCCUCUGCUACUAGUAGCAUGGGUGCCUGUUGGAACUGCCAGAAACACGGCCGACGAUGCAUUUUCAGUCCGCGCAAAGAGAUGGGACGACCGCGAAAGUCGAAACUCUCGAGAUCUCAAGAGGAGGAGGCUCGAGAUGGGGGCAUCGAGCCAGAAGAGAGGCUGGAGGAAAGGACACAAGCAGAAAUUGCACAGCUCAGCUACCAGCACUCCGACCAGUGCAGAGAUGAACACUCGCGUAACGGAGAUGAACAUCAAUUGCCGUCGACCUGGUCAUCUACUUUGGCGGCGGCUGGUCAGAUCGCAGCGGUUCAGCUGGGGGUGCCAGUGCAGUGAGUUCUACCUGCCUCGACUAGGGGCUUCGCAUAUAUAGUAUGAUUGCUGGAAAGAUUGUGAAAGGUUGACAAUUGCUGCCGUGUGAGCCUGGACAGACCGAUAUCUGCGACGCCGCAUAUUAC